AUGAGUUCUGCGCGGAAGAACAAGCGGAACUCGACCAUCCAAUCCGUCGAUCACAUCAAUAGUCUUAUGGACACGAGCAGAAGCAAGCCACGCAUUCGUCGUCUGCCUUCUCAGCCCAUCAACCGAUUCCGGUCCCGAACGCCUCAAGUCUUGCGAAGCGAUGGUCUUCAGGAGAUUCCGUCUUCAUCCCCGGCGAAAACGCGACCGUCAUCCCGACGCGUACCCCAGACCGACAUUAUCUCUCCACGGCGCUCUGGACGUAUUCGAAAACAUUUUCAAGCUGAAUGGACCCCUAGUCGACGAUCGCGGCGCUUAGCCCAUGUCAGAGAGGAGGGCGAGGUGCAAAGAGGGCAGCAUGAGGAUAGGGAUGACGACGACGAUGAUGAUGAUUCUGGGGAUGAGGAAGAACUGGAUGAGGGCAUUGACAAGCACCUGUCCAGAAGGCUAAUCGAAACAAGAGUAGCAGACAUGACGGAGGUUGACAGACCAGGGGAGUCGGAUGAAGAGAGGAGCAGUCAAACAGGCGACAUUCCCUUCAGACUUCCCUCCCCUCCAAACAUAAACGAUGAAGCAUCUUUAAUGAACGAGGAGCAAGACCGGCGGCUCGAUAAGCCAGAGGUGAUCAUCAAUACAAGAGCAAGUGAGGAAUUAGAGGAUAGUCACGGCCCGGAGUCAAUUACAGCGGUCGAAACUACACGGGAGGUCGAAUCCCCAAGAUGGAAUAUUACAGCGCCAGGCACACGAAGGCACACACUCGCAGCUCAAGGCGUAAACCAGGAUUAUUGGACAUUGAGAACGAAACGGCAGACCAGAAGUUCGCCAUUCGAACAGGCUAUUCGAUCCACCGACCGGAAGAGUUCGAACACCGAGUCAGAGUAUCGUGCUACUGGAAGUGACAACUCAUCGGAAUCCGAAUAUCUAGUCGAGGAAGAGGCAGAAUCGGAUGCCUAUUCAGAGGUACAAUCAGAGUUGGGGUCAGAACAAGAUUCGAUACCAGAGUCGGUACCAGCGACGGUACCACAGGCAGAGACCGAACCGAACUCCCUCCGUCCGACUCGUCCUGUUGAAAAAGAACUUGCUGCCAAAACGUCGGCAUCCAAGAGAUACCAUACUAGUGAAUAUGAGCAAAUUUCUCAAGAGAGGGUCGUGCGUCGACGGUCGACACCGAUUUCCGUCCACUCAGAUCCAUCAGUAUCGGAUAGAGAGCAGGAGCGCAGAACCCGCCGACGCUCGAAAGAUAGAGCGCCUAUCGAACUCAUCAAUACUGCCACGAACGAAAGAGAAGCAGGGGACAAUGUGAGCAGUGUGGAGGAGAACGCUGGUGACAAGUCAUGGUUCGUUGAGGCGUCAAAUCUUGGAGAUCAAAAGGACAAUUGGGACACUCUCGUCGCAGAAGCCAAAAAGCUGAAAGAACAUGACCAGCUCCCUUGCGCUGAGGAAUUUCUGGAAAUGAAGAAGUAUCUGUCUCAGUUACGCACGAGAUACACCAAGAUCAUCAAGGAGCUGAAAUCUCAGCGUGGGCCUCUCCGGGAGAAUCUACGCGAGUGCGAAGGUCUUCGGGAUGCCAUCUCCAAGGAGGGACUGAAGCUUCUCGACAACGUCUAUUACCUUGCGAUCCGACGCAAAGAGUCAUAUCAAUUGCUGAAAAAAUCGGAGGAGUUGGUCGAGGGGUUUGAAGUGCAUGUGCUCCCUGCGCUGAUUAAGAUGAUCCUUCUUUGCUUCGAGGCGUACUACACCAACCGGAAACUCUUCCCUUCGUCGCUCCGACACCUGGUUGGGGCAAUGAAACUACUCCUACAGUUUUGCGACCGGGUGGUCAGCCUGCGCGACGAGCGUUAUGUGACCUGCGAAAUCCGUAGCCGGACCAUCCGCAAAGCACUUAUGAGGUUAAUGGAAGCGCUCGAUGCCGACUUGUUACAGCCGCGUCGUGACGAUGGCCAUCCUGCUGCAGUUAGCCCCCGCCGGAACUGGAGUGAGGAUGAAAAGGCGGCUCUGAUUGACGGACUGAAGCUGUAUCAGGGCGAGGACCGGUACAUGCGACUAGUGUGUCAUUUUGGACAGCAACUCCGCCACCGGACGCUACAGGAGCUACAGAUCAAAGCCCGCGAAAUCCAUGAUCGGUUAAUCCCUCGCAUUCAAGAGGAUCUUUUGACGGUUGAAGGCCGUCGACUCUGGCAAUGGCUGUUGAGUGUGCGAUGA